GGCUACACCUCCGCUCAGGUAAAGGUGUGGUACUACGCGGAAGAUUUCUGCUGUUGACUAUUGUGUUGAGUGGGAGCUAAACUUCAGAUACAGACAUCACUGGUCCACAUCACCAUUGAAAUGGCAACUUUAUGGACCGGGGAAAGAGGGAGCAUCAAGCCCAAGGCAGAUUUCAACGCAAAGGAUGACGCUGUGGCUCUCAGAAAGGCCAUGAAGGGACUAGGUACAAACGAGAAGACCUUAAUAGAUGUUCUAACUCAGAGGAGUAGUGGUCAACGUCAGCUCAUCUGUAAAGCUUACCAAGAAGAAGCCACUGGCAAGACUUUGGUGGAGGACUUAGAAGGGGACACCCAUGGUCAUUUUGAGGACCUGCUGGUCGCGCUGGUCACGCCCCCUGCCAUCUAUGACUGCCAGGAAGUCACCAAGGCCAUGAAGGGAGUUGGGACUAAAGACAGUGUCUUGAUAGAAAUCUUCGCCACAAGAUCCAACAAACAAAUUAAAGAGAUUUCUGAUGCCUAUUUAAAACAAACUGAGAAGAAGUUGACCUUGGACCUGAAGAAGGAGACUUCUGGAGAAUUUGCUAAAGCUCUUCUCAUUCUGGCCGAGGGCAAGCGGGAUGAAAACACACAUGUGGAUGCAGCCAAGGCCAAAGAGGAUGCUAAGACUCUUUACAACGCGGGAGAGAAGAAGUGGGGGACAGACGAGUCCAAGUUCAUCGACAUCCUGUGUCAGAGAAGCAUACCUCAACUCAGACAAACUCUGGUGGAAUACAAGACCAUCAGUGGGAAGAGUCUGCAGGAGAGCAUCGAGGGAGAGAUGUCUGGGGAUCUAGAGGAGCUACUGGUGGCCAUUGUGAAAUGUGUGAAGAAUGUCCCAGCAUACCUAGCUGAACGCCUGCAUCAAGGCAUGAAGGGCGGAGGAACGGAUGAGUGUAGCCUGAACCAUAUCAUGGUCAGCCGGUCAGAGAUAGACAUGCUGGACAUCAGAGCAGAGUUCAAGAAGCUUUAUAGCUAUUCUCUGCACUCUGCCAUCGAGUCGGAUACAUCUGACUUCUAUGGGGACUGUCUCAAGAAGAUCUGUGGAGGGGACGAUUAACAAUGUAACACUAUGGAGGGGACGACUAAGACAGUAACACAACACUGCAGCCAGAAGAUGCCUAUGUAUCAUACUACUGCUACUACUACUACUACUAAUUCUACUACUAUUACCCACUAAUAUUACUACUACUACCCACUAAUAUUACUAAUACUAUUACUACUACCCACUAAUAUUACUACUACUACUACUACUACUACUACCACCACUACUACUACUACCACUACUACUACUACCCACUAAUAUUACUACUACUACUACUACUACUACUACCACCACUACUACUACUACCACUACUACUACUACCCACUAAUAUUACUACUACUACUACUACUACUACUACUACUACUACCACCACUACUACUACUACCACUACUACUACUACCCACUAAUAUUACUACUACUACUACUACUACUACUACUACUACUACUACCACAACUACUACUACUACUACUACUACCACUACUACUACUACUACUACUACUACUACUACUACUACUACUACUACUACUACUACUACUACCACCAUCAUUACUACUACUACUACUACUACUACUACUACUACUACUACUACUACCACCAUCAUUACUACUACUACUACUACUACUACUACUACUACCACUACUACUACCACUACUACUACCACUACUACCACUACUACUACUACUACUACCACUACUACUACUACUACUACCACUACUACUACUACCACUACUACUACCACCACUACUACUACUACCACUACUACUACUACCCACUAAUAUUACUACUACUACUACUACUACUACUACUAUUACUACUACCACUACUACUGCUACUACCAUCACUUUUACUGAGCUACCUUCCUCUCAGUCUACCAUUUCAAUAUACAGUACUGGAUCGUGUUCGUUAGCCACCUGAUCUGAAUAUAUAUACUGAAAAAGGGAGGGACUAGAUGGACCAAUAAGAAACACUCAUUGUCAUUUUCUGUUGCAAUGCCCUAAUGAACAUGACCCUACUCUCUUCCUACCAAAUCUACUCAUCUUAUAGACUUUUAAAUUAAUAUUUUAGAAUAGCUGUUGGUCGUUGGGAAUCAUUGUAAAUCAGUGCUGUGUUUGAUUUUGCGUGACGGCUGUUCUGUUCUGUUUUUAUCUCUCUAGUCUGAUAGCCACAAAUCUGAUAGCCACAGGGAAGUCUGAUAACCACAGGGAAGUCUGAUAGCCACAGGGAAGUCUGAUAGCUACAGGGAAGUCUGAUAGCUACAGGGAAGUCUGAUAGCCACAGGGAAGUCUGAUAGCCACAGGGAAGUCUGAUAGCCAUGGGGAAGUCUGAUAGCCACAGGGAAGUCUGAUAGCCACAGGGAAGUCUGAUAGCCACAGGGAAGUCUGAUAACCACAGGGAAGUCUGAUAGCCACAGGGAAGUCUGAUAGCCAUGGGGAAGUCUGAUAGCCACAGGGAAGUCUGAUAGCCACAGGGAAGUCUGAUAGCCAUGGGGAAGUCUGAUAGCCACAGGGAAGUCUGAUAGCCACGGGGAAGUCUGAUAGCCACAGGGAAGUCUGAUAGCCACAGGGAAGUCUGAUAGCCACAGGGAAGUCUGAUAGCCACAGGGAAGUCUGAUAGCCACAGGGAAGUCUGAUAACCACAGGGAAGUCUGAUAGCCACAGGGAAGUCUGAUAGCCACAGGGAAGUCUGAUAGCCACAGGGAAGUCUGAUAGCCACAGGGAAGUCUGAUAGCCACAGGGAAGUCUGAUAGCCAUGGGGAAGUCUGAUAGCCACAGGGAAGUCUGAUAGCCACAGGGAAGUCUGAUAGCCACGGGGAAGUCUGAUAGCCACAGGGAAGUCUGAUAACCACAGGGAAGUCUGAUAGCUACAGGGAAGUCUGAUAGCCACAGGGAAGUCUGAUAGCCACAGGGAAGUCUGAUAGCUACAUGUCUAAUAGCUACAAGUCUAAUAGCCACGGGGAAGUCUGAUAGCCAUGGGAAGUAUGAUAGCUACAAGUCUGAUAGCUACAAGUCUAAUAGCCACGGGGAAGUCUGAUAGCCACAGGGAAGUCUGAUAGCCACAAGUCUGAUAGCUACAAGUCUAAUAGCCACGGGGAAGUCUGAUAGCUAUGGGAAGUAUGAUAGCUACAAUUCUGAUAGCCAUGGGGAAGUCUGAUAGCUAUGGGAAGUAUGAUAGCUACAAUUCUGAUAGCCAUGGGGAAGUCUGAUAGCCAUGGGAAGUAUGAUAGCUACAAUUCUGAUAGCCAUGGGGAAGUCUGAUAGCUAUGGGAAGUAUGAUAGCUACAAUUCUGAUAGCCAUGGGGAAGUCUGAUAGCCAUGGGAAGUAUGAUAGCUACAAUUCUGAUAGCCACAGGGAAGUCUGAUAGCCAUGGGAAGUAUGAUAGCUACAAUUCUGAUAGCCAUGGGGAAGUCUGAUAGCCAUGGGAAGUAUGAUAGCUACAAUUCUGAUAGCCACAGGGAAGUCUGAUAGCCAUGGGAAGUAUGAUAGCUACAAUUCUGAUAGCCAUGGGGAAGUCUGAUAGCCAUGGGAAGUAUGAUAGCUACAAUUCUGAUAGCCACAGGGAAGUCUGAUAGCCAUGGGAAGUAUGAUAGCUACAAUUCUGAUAGCCACAGGGAAGUCUGAUAGCCAUGGGAAGUAUGAUAGCUACAAUUCUGAUAGCCAUGGGGAAGUCUGAUAGCCAUGGGAAGUAUGAUAGCUACAAUUCUGAUAGCCACAGGGAAGUCUGAUAGCCACGGGGAAGUCUGAUAGCCACAGGGAAGUCUGAUAGCCACAGGGAAGUCUGAUAGCCAUGGGGAAGUCUGAUAGCCAUGGGAAGUCUGAUAGCCACAGGGAAGUCUGAUAGCUACAUGUCUAAUAGCCACGGAGAAGUCUGAUAGCCAUGGGAAGUCUGAUAGCCACAGGGAAGUCUGAUAGCCACGGAGAAGUCUGAUAGCCAUGGGAAGUCUGAUAGCCACAGGGAAGUCUGAUAGCCACGGAGAAGUCUGAUAGCCAUGGGAAGUCUGAUAGCCAUGGGAAGUCUGAUAGCCACGGAGAAGUCUGAUAGCCAUGGGAAGUCUGAUAGCCACGGGGAAGUCUGAUAGCCACAGGGAAGUCUGAUAGCCACAGGGAAGUCUGAUAGCCAUGGGGAAGUCUGAUAGCCAUGGGGAAGUCUGAUAGCCACAGGGAAGUCUGAUAGCCACAGGGAAGUCUGAUAGCUACAUGUCUAAUAGCUACAAGUCUAAUAGCCACGGGGAAGUCUGAUAGCCAUGGGAAGUAUGAUAGCUACAAGUCUGAUAGCUACAAGUCUAAUAGCCACGGGGAAGUCUGAUAGCCACAGGGAAGUCUGAUAGCCACAAGUCUGAUAGCUACAAGUCUAAUAGCCACGGGGAAGUCUGAUAGCUAUGGGAAGUAUGAUAGCUACAAUUCUGAUAGCCAUGGGGAAGUCUGAUAGCUAUGGGAAGUAUGAUAGCUACAAUUCUGAUAGCCAUGGGGAAGUCUGAUAGCCAUGGGAAGUAUGAUAGCUACAAUUCUGAUAGCCAUGGGGAAGUCUGAUAGCUAUGGGAAGUAUGAUAGCUACAAUUCUGAUAGCCAUGGGGAAGUCUGAUAGCCAUGGGAAGUAUGAUAGCUACAAUUCUGAUAGCCACAGGGAAGUCUGAUAGCCAUGGGAAGUAUGAUAGCUACAAUUCUGAUAGCCAUGGGGAAGUCUGAUAGCCAUGGGAAGUAUGAUAGCUACAAUUCUGAUAGCCACAGGGAAGUCUGAUAGCCAUGGGAAGUAUGAUAGCUACAAUUCUGAUAGCCAUGGGGAAGUCUGAUAGCCAUGGGAAGUAUGAUAGCCACAGGGAAGUCUGAUAGCCAUGGGAAGUAUGAUAGCUACAAUUCUGAUAGCCACAGGGAAGUCUGAUAGCCAUGGGAAGUAUGAUAGCUACAAUUCUGAUAGCCAUGGGGAAGUCUGAUAGCCAUGGGAAGUAUGAUAGCUACAAUUCUGAUAGCCACAGGGAAGUCUGAUAGCCACGGGGAAGUCUGAUAGCCACAGGGAAGUCUGAUAGCCACAGGGAAGUCUGAUAGCCAUGGGGAAGUCUGAUAGCCAUGGGAAGUCUGAUAGCCACAGGGAAGUCUGAUAGCUACAUGUCUAAUAGCCACGGAGAAGUCUGAUAGCCAUGGGAAGUCUGAUAGCCACAGGGAAGUCUGAUAGCCACGGAGAAGUCUGAUAGCCAUGGGAAGUCUGAUAGCCACAGGGAAGUCUGAUAGCCACGGAGAAGUCUGAUAGCCAUGGGAAGUCUGAUAGCCAUGGGAAGUCUGAUAGCCACGGAGAAGUCUGAUAGCCAUGGGAAGUCUGAUAGCCACGGGGAAGUCUGAUAGCCACAGGGAAGUCUGAUAGCCACAGGGAAGUCUGAUAGCCAUGGGGAAGUCUGAUAGCCAUGGGGAAGUCUGAUAGCCACAGGGAAGUCUGAUAGCCACAGGGAAGUCUGAUAGCCACGGGGAAGUCUGAUAGCCAUGGGGAAGUCUGAUAGCCACAGGGAAGUCUGAUAGCCACAGGGAAGUCUGAUAGCCACGGGGAAGUCUGAUAGCCACAGGGAAGUCUGAUAGCCACGGGGAAGUCUGAUAGCCAUGGAGAAUAUGAAAACCUCUGUGAGGGAGAUGAUGAAUGACACAAGUCCAACACCACUUGUGUCUCUGUGUUUCCUUGUAUUUGAUUCAGCAAACGUUGUACUGCAUGUGUGCAAUCAAACUUCCCCGUGCUGUACCUGCAUUUUAUGACAUGAUUCUAACUUAUAUCAAUAAAAGCAUCUCAUUAAGGAGAUACUGUACUAAAUACCGGAAUUUUUCCAACACAUUCUGGAAUGUUCUAGAAUGUUCUUUAAAGGCACAGAGAUCUGUGGUAAGUGAUAUGUGCUGUAUGUCAUUUACACUCACCACUAGAGGUCCCCAUUGAUUCACACAGAAGCAGGAGAUGCCAUGUGAGUGAAGCAUAUAUCUACCGUGAUAUAAAGGCGAGUUUAUAGAUGAAGCGUAGGGUCUCUGAUAUAAAGGCACGGUAGAGUUUAUAGAUGAAGCGUAGGGUCUCUGAUAUAAAGGCACGGUAGAGUUUAUAGAUGAAGCGUAGGGUCUCUGAUAUAAAGGCACGGUAGAGUUUAUAGAUGAAGCAUAGGGUCUCUGAUAUAAAGGCACGGUAGAGUUUAUAGAUGAAGCAUAGGGUCUCUGAUAUAAAGGCACGGUAGAGUUUAUAGAUGAAGCGUAGGGUCUCUGAUAUAAAGGCACGGUAGAGUUUAUAGAUGAAGCGUAGGGUCUCUGAUAUAAAGGCACGGUAGAGUUUAAAGAUGAAGCGUAGGGUCUCUGAUAUAAAGGCACGGUAGAGUUUAUAGAUGAAGCGUAGGGUCUCUGAUAUAAAGGCACGGUAGAGUUUAUAGAUGAAGCAUAGGGUCUCUGAUAUAAAGGAACGGUAGAGUUUAAAGAUGAAGCGUAGGGUCUCUGAUAUAAAGGCACGGUAGAGUUUAUAGAUGAAGCGUAGGGUCUCUGAUAUAAAGGCACGGGAGAGUUUAUAGAUGAAGCGUAGGGUCUCUGAUAUAAAGGCACGGUAGAGUUUAUAGAUGAAGCGUAGGGUCUCUGAUAUAAAGGCACGGUAGAGUUUAUAGAUGAAGCGUAGGGUCUCUGAUAUAAAGGCACGGUAGAGUUUAAAGAUGAAGCGUAGGGUCUCUGAUAUAAAGGCACGGUAGAGUUUAAAGAUGAAGCGUAGGGUCUCUGAUAUAAAGGCACGGUAGAGUUUAUAGAUGAAGCGUAGGGUCUCUGAUAUAAAGGAACGGUAGAGUUUAUAGAUGAAGCGUAGGGUCUCUGAUAUAAAGGAACGGUAGAGUUUAUAGAUGAAGCAUAGGGUCUCUGAUAUAAAGGCACGGUAGAGUUUAUAGAUGAAGCGUAGGGUCUCUGAUAUAAAGGCACGGUAGAGUUUAUAGAUGAAGCGUAGGGUCUCUGAUAUAAAGGCACGGUAGAGUUUAAAGAUGAAGCGUAGGGUCUCUGAUAUAAAGGCACGGUAGAGUUUAUAGAUGAAGCAUAGGGUCUCUGAUAUAAAGGCACGGUAGAGUUUAUAGAUGAAGCGUAGGGUCUCUGAUAUAAAGGCACGGUAGAGUUUAUAGAUGAAGCGUAGGGUCUCUGAUAUAAAGGCACGGUAGAGUUUAUAGAUGAAGCGUAGGGUCUCUGAUAUAAAGGCACGGUAGAGUUUAAAGAUGAAGCGUAGGGUCUCUGAUAUAAAGGCACGGUAGAGUUUAAAGAUGAAGCGUAGGGUCUCUGAUAUAAAGGCACGGUAGAGUUUAUAGAUGAAGCGUAGGGUCUCUGAUAUAAAGGCACGGUAGAGUUUAUAGAUGAAGCAUAGGGUCUCUGAUAUAAAGGCACGGUAGAGUUUAAAGAUGAAGCGUAGGGUCUCUGAUAUAAAGGCACGGUAGAGUUUAUAGAUGAAGCGUAGGGUCUCUGUAAUAAAGGCACGGUAGAGUUUAUAGAUGAAGCGUAGGGUCUCUGUAAUAAAGGCACGGUAGAGUUUAUAGAUGAAGCGUAGGGUCUCUGAUAUAAAGGCACGGUAGAGUUUAUAGAUGAAGCAUAGGGUCUCUGAUAUAAAGGCACGGUAGAGUUUAAAGAUGAAGCGUAGGGUCUCUGAUAUAAAGGCACGGUAGAGUUUAUAGAUGAAGCGUAGGGUCUCUGUAAUAAAGGCACGGUAGAGUUUAUAGAUGAAGCGUAGGGUCUCUGUAAUAAAGGCACGGUAGAGUUUAUAGAUGAAGCGUAGGGUCUCUGAUAUAAAGGCACGGUAGAGUUUAUAGAUGAAGCGUAGGGUCUCUGAUAUAAAGGCACGGUAGAGUUUAUAGAUGAUGCGUAGGGUCUCUGAUAUAAAGGCACGGUAGAGUUUAUAGAUGAUGCGUAGGGUCUCUGUAAUAAAGGCACGGUAGAGUUUAUAGAUGAAGCGUAGGGUCUCUGAUAUAAAGGCACGGUAGAGUUUAUAGAUGAAGCGUAGGGUCUCUGAUAUAAAGGCACGGUAGAGUUUAUAGAUGGUGCGUACAGCCAAAAGCUGCCAUAUGUCAAAACGAUUUAUUCAAGUAAAUACAGUCAUUUAUUCUUCAAACUUGGCAUUUAAUGACUUUCAUCUUCAUUGACUGUGAAACUAUAGAAUGAAUGUUUGAUGGGAACGGUAUCCUUCUCGUCCUUCUUUCAAGUCGAUGUCCGUUGGUACAGCACUGUGUGACUCUUGGCUAUGUUUUGUCAUUUUUCAUUGUCAUUUUGUUCAAUUUUCCCACACGCUAUAUGACUUUGAAUGUUUUUGAUGGCUGAACCCUCUGUAACGUUCAGGGAAACUGAAUGCAUUAUUAGUUUGCCCUCAGUUGACAGCCGUUCACAUUUCAACAUCAUCAACUAACUGGGUUUAAAGAACGUUGGUUUUCUUUCGAAUACUUCAGUUGCAUUUGAUGGAGCUUACCUAUCUCAAUAGAAGUCAUGGAAUUAGUCCCCAAAGUGCAAACUCCACCCAUCUGGAUCCAGACAGGUCCAGUCAAACAAAAGUACUUGAGUGGAAACAGAAAUUAUUUGUUUUCAUGCAUUGGGAAAGAAAAACAACAAGAAUAGAAUUAGACUAACAAUAGAGUUAAUUUCAGACACAGAUUGUGUACAGAGUGUCUAACUUCUCCUCAGUUCAGGAGGGAGUAUGGCUAUCUCCUUCAAGAUCAACUCUGAAAAUAAAACCAGUCACGCAAAACCUUACCCUUUUUCUGUUUUGAGCUAACCUCAUAUUUUCUAACCUCGACAUAAAUAAAUGUUUUAUUUUUCACAACAA